UUGAGUGUAAAUCGUGUGUAUGCAAAUAUAAAACGAAACGCCGGACACUCAGGCAAAAAUUAACCUUGAAGUGAUAAUCAAAUUUUAUGUUGCAAUUUUUCCUUGAUUGCUGAUUUCAAUAGUGCACUCGCCCUGGAAUAAUCGGUGAAAUAGAUAUGUUUUCCAAUAUUAUUUGACUAAAAAUACUUGAAAAAUUCAGUUUGAAAAAUUAUAGUUGGAUCGAACUAUUCAAUUUACAUUUGUGACGGCUUCGCCCAAACCAAACAAAAAAUAAGCAGAAAAUCCAGGGAAAAAAGUUUGGUUAAGUUAGUGCAGACAAUAUGCAAUAGACUGACGUCAGUAGAACAAACCCAAUUGAAGUAUAGAUAGUGCAAUUAAAUGAAUUCAGUUGUGUUUGCGCAGGAGAAAAAUAUUUCGUCUUCGAAAUGUAUGCAUAAUGCGAAUCAAUUUAUUUUGCGAAAACUAAUUUCGUGGCUAUUUCUAGCAAAAAUUUGCUCUGCGAAAAAAAAUGUGGUUCAACGGUGCUGGAGGUGGCACUAGUACUGCUGAUAUGAAUUCAAUCAGUAUGAAUUCGAACAUUAGUUCGAGCAUUAACUCGAGCGUCAGUUCGAAUUUGAGCUCAAAUAUGGGCAUGAACGCGAAUUUUAUGAAUAUGGUACAAAAUUUUAAUCCUAACAAUCAUGAUGUAUUUGAUUUCAGUCUGCAUUCAAGUAUGCAGCAAGGGACUGAAUCUUCAUCGACCGCCGUUUCUGGCAUUCCGCCAAGACCGCCGACUGAGAAAAAAGAUUUUCCAUCAACGACACCAACAACAAUGGAGCAGAGUAAGGAAGUGCCACGGGUUGCUGAUCAAACGCCGAUCAAAACUGAAUCGGGUGGAGAUUCCGUCAAUGGUACUGUACAACCACCUGUUAUCCCGCCUCCCGAACGACCAGGCCGAUUAACAAAUCAAUUGCACUUCCUCUCAAAAACUGUCAUGAAAGAUGUCUGGAAGCACAAAUUUUCAUGGCCAUUCCAACAACCUGUCGACGCAAAGAAAUUGAAUCUUCCCGAUUAUCAUAAAAUCAUCAAACAAGCAAUGGAUUUGGGCACGAUAAAGAAACGAUUGGAGAACAACUUUUAUUGGAGUUCAAAGGAGUGCAUUCAGGAUUUUAAUACAAUGUUCACAAAUUGUUAUGUAUACAAUAAACCAGGAGAAGAUGUGGUCGUUAUGGCACAAGCACUUGAAAAAGUUUUCUUGACAAAAGUGACACUGAUGCCAAAGGACGAGAUUGAAAUCGAAAGCCGCACAUCGAAUAAAAAUAAAAAGAAGGCACCACGUAUUAGCGGGGCCGCUCCAUUGCCAAGUCCGGUCGGACCAGUUGCAGCUGCUGCUGGUAUAAACCGUGGACGACCUGCAUCAUCACUUGGAUCUGUGACAACGUCGAGCGCACCACCAAAUGCAUUAGGCUCAACCAUACCACCAAUUGGUACGAUGCCACCAUCUUCGAUACCAGGAAGCACUAACACGACAACAACUGCAUUGAUACCGCCGGUACAACAGUUUGCACCAAAAGGUGCUGUUCCACCGCAGAUGCCGGGUAUGCCACCAAAUGCACUCGCUGCACUUCAGCAACCCCAGUAUCAAUUGAACAAAGCACCGCAACCGGGAAUGGAUUCAGUUUUGCCACCACAACAACCUGCUAAAAUGAAGAAAGGUGUGAAAAGAAAAGCCGAUACAACGACACCAGCCAACUCUUUCGAGUCAUACACUCUCACAGAUCCGCUUACGAAAAGCGCCAAAAUCGCCACUCGACGUGAAUCUGGUCGACAGGAAACGGCAAUACCUCCGUAUCAAACAGGUGCUUUUCCAAUGUCACCAAUGACACCCCAUCAAGCCGCUACGCCCAAAAAUAAGGGCAAAUUGUCAGAAGCCUUAAAAGCCUGUAAUGAAAUCUUAAAAGAAUUAUUCUCAAAGAAGCAUUCGGGAUAUGCAUGGCCAUUCUAUAAGCCGGUCGAUGCUGAACUGCUGGGAUUGCAUGACUAUCAUGAUAUCAUUAAAAAGCCAAUGGACCUGGGCACGGUGAAAAAGAAGAUGGACGAUCGCGAAUACAAAAGUGCGUCCGAGUUUGCCGACGAUGUUCGAUUGAUCUUCACAAAUUGUUACAAAUACAAUCCACCAGAUCAUGAUGUUGUCAUGAUGGGCCGAAAAUUACAAGACGUUUUCGAAAUGCGAUUUGCAAACAUUCCCGAUGAACCCGUUCGUAAUACAUCGUAUCAGCGUCAUCCACACAAACAAAUAGACACAUCUGAUGAUGACUCCAGCGACGAAGGCGUUGAAUCGAAUUCAGAUGAUGAACGAACAUUGAAAAUAAAAACCCUGGAGGCGCAAUUGUCUGUGCUACAAAAUGAAAUUCAAAAAUUGAAGGACGAACAAUCGAACAAACGAAAAACGACCAAGAAAAAAGUCAAAGACAAAAAGAAAGCAACCGCUCCAGUUAGCACACCCAUGAUGCCCACAAUGCUUACCAGUCACACACCAAUCAGUCAUGCGGCCACAGCGGCCGCCAAAGCAGCACAAAACCCAAUGGCCGCCAUGCAAGCGAUGGGAGUUAAUCCAGCCGUAUCGGUGCCGACUACUGCCGCCAAAGGUGCUAAGGCAAAAGGACAACGUGCUCCAAAGGCAAACGCUGGACAAGGUGCACCCAAACGUGGAAAAGCGGCCAUGGGUAACGCUCCAGCAACUGCACGUGGUGCAAAUAAGAAGAAACCAACAGUGCCGACAACCAACUUUGAGUCUGAGGACGAAGACACUGCUAAACCAAUGUCGUAUGAUGAAAAACGCCAAUUGUCAUUGGACAUCAAUAAAUUACCAGGCGACAAACUUGGUCGAGUUGUUCAUAUCAUACAGAAUCGUGAGCCAUCACUUCGUGAUUCCAAUCCGGAUGAAAUCGAAAUUGAUUUCGAAACCCUUAAACCGUCUACACUUCGUGAACUGGAGAGCUAUGUUGCCACAUGUCUUCGUAAAAAAACUCGUAAGACUUACUACAAAAAGGUGUCUGGAAAAUCGAAGGAUGAGCAAAUGGCGGAAAAGAAGCAAGAGCUUGAGAAACGCUUACAGGAUGUGACAGGUCAAUUGGGCUCUGCUAAAAAGGCAGCCAAGAAAGUUGAAGAUGCAGCUGCUGGAAAAUUAGAUGCUGCCGUUGUACCACCUGCCGGUCAUCUGUCAUCAAGUUCCAGUUCAAGUGAUUCAUCGUCAUCUAGUUCCAGCGAUAGCAGUUCAAGCGAUUCGAGUGACAGUGAAGCAGGUUCUACGACGAGGACACCGCGCAAGAAGAAAUUAAAAGAUUCUCCAUCGCCUGCUAUUCGAUCGGGAGCUUUACCCGCUUUACCAUCAGCUAAAGCAUUAACAUCACUAAAUCAAACACCAAAUAUGUCUAUGUUGAAUGCACCAGGAUUCGCAACGUCAACACCGCAACAACAAAAUCAAGUGCAACAUACUCAAUCAGCGUUACCACCAAUGCCAUCACUAAAUAGUCUGCAUCCUCAGCAGCAACCACCUCAAUCAAUGAAAACAAAUUCAUCGCUGUCACAACAACCGCCACAAAAUAUAAUGCAAAAUCAGAAUGCUUUGAAUAAUAACGAUGUGAAUCAAUCGUUCUCUACACAACCGAUAAAUCCCAAUCUUAAUCUUGGCAGCUUGCUAGAUAAUAAAAACCACGGUAUGCCAUCCUUAAAUCCAUUAAUGCCACCCAUGAAUUCGAUGAAUGAUAAAUCGAUCAUGAAUAUGAUGCCAAAUUUCGACGAUCCAGUCGAACAAUCAUUGGCGUCACUUGAACAAACAUUAGGGUGCUUUGAUAAUCCACAUCACAACAAUGGAAACAAUGGCUUCAGCAUGGACUCAACGCUGAACACUUUAAAUGGCAUGACAAAUGUUUCGGCAUCCGUAUCAAAUAAUAAUAAUAAUAUGAUGAUGGGAUUACCAUCAUUGACGCAAUCGAAUGCAAAUGCCUUGCCACCGGUUACAUCCGAUGCAUUGGCAACAUCAGCCGAUCAACGUGGUUUUAUGACAGGACUAACAACGUCGUCCGGUAACUUGCCACCGGUCGCAAUGAAUAGUUCGGUUAAUGCGAUAGCGCCUAUCAACAGCAAUAAUACUAACACAAAUAAUAAUAAUAUGAAUAGUUCAAAUAUGAUGACUGGCAACGGAGUGACAGCACCGAAUUUAAAUGUUGGCCUAUUCCGGCCGAAGCCAAUUGAAGAGCUAUUGCCACAACAUGACAAGAAAAACACUCCACCAGCGUUACCCCAGCAAAUGCCGAUGAAUGAACAAAAAUCAAAUUUGUCGAAUACGUUCAAUAAAAGCAUGGAUCCGGCGAUUAAAAAUACAAUAGCAAGUUCGUGGUCAUCGUUAGCUGCAGCUGUUUCACCGCAAAGCACACCGACAUCAAGUAAACCAAAAGUAACACCGGCCAUGGAUUCAUUCCAGCAGUUCAAAAACAGAGCCAAAGAGAAAGCCGACCGACAAAAAUUGCUGGAACAACAAGAGAUGAAACAACGCAGUCACAAAGAAGCUGUUGAAAAACGGCAACAAGAACAACAAAAAAAGAGAGAAGAAAUCGACCGGAGGCAACCGUUAGAUCAGAUUCUUGGUCGUGACGAUUUGAAGGCUUCACCACAAGGUAGUGCAUCACCGGGAACACCGUCUGCUAACGACAGAGCAGCUGCAAAACGAGCCGAACUUCGACGACAAGAACAGGAGCGCAGAAGACGUGAAGCGAUGGCCGGUCAAAUUGACAUGAACAUGCAAAGCGAAAUGAUGGCGGCCUUUGAAGAAUCUUUGGAACGUGGCGGUCGAUAAAGAAAGAAACAAAUUGGUUUGGUUGACAUAGAUGUGAAUGGAAGAUAGGAAGAAUAUGUGUAGAGUCUGCUUCAGUUCAAAUGAAAUCAGAACCCACGAAAACCCCCGAUUUAAUUUAGAAUUAUGGAAUUUAAUAUAAACAGAUGAACAUAUUAUUAUCAACCACUGUAUAUGUAUUAGAUAAGGAUACAUAGGCAAUUAAGCAUAACAGAUUAAAAAAGAGAAAACCAUCGUUAAAGUGAAUACAAAAAAAAACAAUACUUUAAAACUAUUUAGUCAGAAGCGUUUGGAAUCUAUAUUUAGUGAAGAAAGGAAACAUUUCGUAUGCAAAGGGAAAAUAUAUAUACACACACAAACACAUCUUAUAUUAGAAACUAUUUGACUAAAUGGACAUUUCGUAAUUCUAUUUGUUUAGGUUUUUUUUAUUAUUUGAAUUUUACUUAUCAGUACAAUGUGCAAAAAGUGAACAACACGAAAUAGUGUAACGAAAAGGAAAUUUUUUGCUAUGGAGCAAAAUCGUUUACGUUAUAAUGUUUCAUUUUUGGAACAAAAAAGAAGAAGAAGAAAAAAGUGAUUUGACAUUUUUACAUUUUCUUUUGCGUCGGUUGAAAUUUGUUACACACUUUUGAUCAGACAUACAUAUAUUAACAAUCAGUUCCUGUUUUGCUUUUACGCAAAAUCACAAGAUAACUUGAGACGAAAAAUAAAUCAAAUUAUUUUGCAUCCAAUAGAUUCAUUUCCGUUUUGUUCAUGGCACUAGCGCCAACAACACAAUUUCAACAAGAAAAAUGAAAAAUGAAUACCCGGUCACAUACAGCGAAACAACAUUUAAACAAACAAACAAAAAGAUGCAAAGCUAACAUUUACAUUUUACUAUCGAACAUAGACAUAAAUUUUAGUGUUCUACAUUGCAUAGUUGAUAAUAUUAAUAUGUCAAAGUAAUGAGAUAUGAAAUACAAUCAUGAUACAUUCA